CCUUCUUGUUUGAAAGAGGAGACAUUAAAGAAAAGCUUAAGCUGCAGUUUACUGCCGUUAAUAAAGUGAUUAUGCUGCUAAUAUUUGACAAACGGAGGCAUUCAACUUGUGUUUUCUUAUCAGAAAAGCUUCUGCUCGAAGAAUAGGGAGAUCCUCUGAGAAUGUUGGUUGUGUAGACAAAAGACUAGAAGGGCUCCAUUGCUUCGUAUAAUAUGGAGCUUUGCAAUUGUAUUGAGCCACCAUGGCCAGCUGAUGAAUUGUUGAUGAAGUACCAGUAUAUUUCAGAUUUCUUUAUAGCAUUGGCUUAUUUCUCUAUCCCUCUGGAGUUGAUAUACUUUGUUAAGAAAUCUGCUGUAUUCCCAUAUAGAUGGGUUCUUGUGCAGUUUGGUGCAUUUAUUGUUCUUUGUGGAGCAACUCACCUGAUUAAUUUGUGGACAUUUACCAUGCAUACAAGGACUGUGGCUGUUGUGAUGACUUCUGCAAAAAUUUUGACUGCUGUUGUGUCUUGUGCAACAGCACUUAUGCUAGUACAUAUCAUCCCUGAUUUAUUAAGUGUCAAGACAAGGGAGCUAUUUUUGAAAAAUAAGGCUGCAGAGCUAGAUAGAGAAAUGGGCUUGAUUCGUACACAGGAAGAAACUGGUAGACAUGUUAGAAUGCUAACUCAUGAAAUCAGAAGCACUCUGGAUAGACAUACGAUACUAAAGACUACACUUGUUGAGCUUGGUCGAACGUUGGGCUUGGAAGAGUGUGCAUUAUGGAUGCCCACACGGACAGGAUUAGAACUCCAUCUUUCCUACACUCUUCGCCACCAAAACCCUGUUGGUUUUACUGUGCCCAUACAACUUCCUGUGAUCAACCAAGUUUUCAAUACCAGUCAUGCUGUAAAAAUUUCUCCAAACUCUCCUGUUGCCCGACUUCGGCCUGCUGGGAAAUACAUGCCUGGGGAGGUGGUGGCUGUGCGUGUUCCACUCCUGCAUCUAUCCAAUUUCCAGAUACACGAUUGGCCUGAACUAUCAACUAAACGAUACGCUUUGAUGGUUUUGAUGCUCCCUUCAGACAGUGCUAGGCAGUGGCAUGUCCAUGAGUUGGAGCUUGUGGAGGUGGUGGCGGAUCAGGUUGCUGUUGCUCUUUCUCAUGCUGCUAUUCUGGAAGAGUCAAUGAGGGCGAGGGAUCUUCUUAUGGAACAGAAUGUUGCACUUGAUUUAGCAAGAAGAGAAGCAGAGACAGCUGUUCGUGCCCGCAAUGAUUUCUUGGCUGUCAUGAAUCAUGAAAUGAGAACUCCUAUGCAUGCAAUAAUUGCUCUCUCAUCCUUGUUACAAGAAACUGAGCUAACGCCUGAGCAACGUCUGAUGGUUGAAACAAUCCUCAAGAGCAGCAACAUUUUGGCUACCCUUAUCAAUGAUGUCCUUGAUCUUUCAAGGCUUGAAGAUGGUAGCCUUCAACUCGAGAUAGGAACUUUUAGCCUACAUUCACUCUUCAGGGAGGCCCUUAACUUGAUAAAACCUGUUGCAUCCGUGAAGAAGUUAUAUGUUACAUUGAGUUUGUCUCCAGACUUGCCCGAGUAUGCUGUUGGGGAUGAAAAACGCCUAAUGCAAGUAGUCUUGAAUGUCGUCGGGAAUGCUGUAAAGUUCACAAAAGAGGGUGGUAUCUCAAUAUCCGCCUUUGUUGCAAAAUCAGAAUCUCUAAGAGAUCCGCGAGCCCCCGAUUUUUUCCCUAUCCCAAGUGAUAAUCACUUCUAUUUACGUGUAGAGGUGAAAGAUACUGGUUCAGGAGUCAAUCCUCAAGAUACUCCUAAGCUAUUCAUGAAAUUUGUGCAGAGCCAGCCACUUGCUGCCAAAAAUUCUAGCGGUAGUGGGCUUGGUCUUGCAAUUUGUAAGAGGUUUGUAAAUCUCAUGGAAGGCCACAUUCGAAUUGAAAGUGAAGGUCUUGGAAGGGGUUCUACUGCUAUCUUUAUUGUUAAACUCGGAAUUCCCGGACGCUCGAAUGAGUCUAAGCUUUCAUUUAUACACAAAGGUCCAGCAAACCAAGUGAAGCCAAAUUUUUCUGGGCUCAAAGUCGUGGUGGUGGAUGAUAAUAGUGUCGGUCGUAUGGUAACGAGGGGUCUCCUCGUCCACCUAGGAUGUGAUGUAUUAGCUAUUGCUUCAGGAGACGAGUGCAUUAGAGUUGUCACUCAUGAGCACAAGGUAGUGUUCCUUGACGUGACCAUGCCAGGCACCGAUAGCUUUGAAGUUGCCGUCCGGAUACAUGAAAAAUUUGCAAAACGUCCAGACAGGCCUAUCAUUGUAGCGCUUACAGGAAACACUGAUAGAACGACGAGAGAGAAUUGCCUGAGGGUUGGCAUGGCUGGAGUCAUACUGAAGCCCGUCUCAGUAGAUAAAAUGAGAAGUGUUCUGUCUGAUCUCUUAGAGCAUGGAUAUCUGGUUGAGUCUCAGUAAGCCAUAGGACAAGUUUGCUGGUCUGAGAGACGAGGUACAUUCUUGUGCCAAAUGGAUUAUAGUGAAUAUAUUGCGCUGAAUCGCCGCCUGUCGAUGGAAGUUAUGGUUGGAAUAAUUUGAAUAGGCGAAUUGAAGGCUGGUUUGAAAUGUGCCGUGAUCGUUAGAAUGACGAUCACGAAAAUUGACAAAAAGUUGUGAAGAUGACUGUUCUGAGGAUUAGUUGCAAGGAUGUAGCUUUGCAUGCACAAGAAGCUGGAGCUCAUUUGACUUUGUUCAACUUCUGUUUCAAUGUAAGAUUUUGUGCAUGCAGUUAGUAAUAGAGAAUUAUGUCCUUGAUAAUAUCUCAGUACUGUGUAAGAAAUAUUAUUAUAGAGGAAUUUAAGAAAAGACAAAUCUUGUUGGCAUU